AUGGCUGCCAAGAAAGUUACUAAGGAUACUAAACCAGGUUACAAGAACUUGAUCAUCGAAGGUUUGAAAGCCUUGAACAACGGUAAAGGUGCUAGUCGUGUAGCAUUGAAGAAAUACAUCAAGGAUAACCACUCUGAUGUUGCUUCCGUUUCUUUGUUCGAUAGCUACUUCAACAACGCUAUCAAGAAAGGUAUCGAUAGCAAAGAAUUCCACUUUCCAAAGGGUCCUUCUGGUGUCUUGAAGCUUGUGAAGCCAGCUUCUACAUCUACCACAACAAAGGCUAAGACCACAGACAAGAAGGUCACCAAGAAGUCCACCGCUUCCAAGGCCUCCGAAAAGAAGACUCCAGCUAAGAAGACCGCCACUGCUACUACCAAAAAAGUAACCAAGCCAAAGAAGGAUGAGAAGAAAAAGACUACUCAAAAGAAGUCUAGUGCUAUCACUUACAGAGAGAUGAUUCUAACGGGUGUCCUAUCCAUGAACAACGGUAAAGGUGCCUCCCGUAUGGCUUUGAAGAAAUUCAUCAAGGACAAAUACCCAACUAAUGUCGAGAAGGUAGUAAACUUCGACUACCUAGUCAAUAAUGCCAUUAAGAAAGGUGUAGAGUCCGGUGAGUUGUCUCAACCUUCUGGUCCAUCUGGUAUGGUUAAGAUCUUGAAAAAGGGUAAAGAGUCUAUCAAAUCCAUUUAA